AUGGUUCAAGAAGCCAAAUCAGAACUUGAACGCUUUUUGAAGCUCCACGCCCAGCAUAAUAACGCAGAAAAGUUAUUCUAUCAUCUUGAGAAGGCUGCUGGAUGUUUGAUACCCCUUGAGGAGCUUACCAACCAGCUCGGAUUCACCCGCAAAGCCGAUGGACAAAAAAUCAAGGCACUAAUCCGGCGUGCUCACUUCGUCCGAUUCCCCGAGCGCCACGCUUCUGAAUUGACCGAAGCACAGAUGCUUGCCCAACUGGGGCUUUCCAGCACUUCCGCCGAACAGAUAGUUGACGCUUCGCCAGAGGUCGACUGGUCAACCGAAAUCGUCCAGCAAGGGUUUGACGCAGAAUAUCAGGGACACGAUCUUAUUGUUAUACCAACCCUAGAAACUCUACAUCAUUAUGCAGGCCAAUGGCGAGAAGAUGCAUACAAGGCACCCUACACUUCGAUUAUCAGCCCGACCAUGAGCGGUAAAACUCGAUUGCUCAAGGAGCUGGCUAAACACGUGUGUGUGGUGUAUAUCUGUCUCCGGAAAGAAGGCUCCACUGGCCAGCCCCCUCGUUCCGACCUUGCUAGACACUUUAUCCCAGAGAAAGGACAACUGAACAUGAUACAGCACUAUUCCCACCUAUUGAUUGCAAUUCUCAAGACGGUGUAUGAUUUUUUCAAACGACCCGACAUAAGUACUAAAAGCUUGGAAGAUCAAUUAUCUGAAUGGUUUGACUACAGUUUUCAAAUCAAAAGUACUUCGAAGGUUGAAUUUAAUACCAAGGUUGAAAACGAAUUGAAUAACUUGAAAAUGGCAAGCAGCUCAGAGUCGAAACUUACUUACGAUGACAUACAAAUAGGCGACCUACCGACGAGGCAAAAACUCGCUACUGCGGUAUCAGACGUGGAUGAAAUUAUGAAAUCCCAAGGACGCGGAAAUCUCAAAGUCCUCUUGGCAAUAGACGAAGCCAGCAACCUGAUCGAUCAUGUAAACAAACAACUCAAUAUUCCAUACUUUCGUGUGUUUCGUCGGGCUUUAUCGACAAUACCUUCCUUGAUGGGGUUCUUUAGCGUCUUCACCGAUACAACUUCCCGGGUUGCCAACUUUAAUCCUGCCCUAGACCGAGACUCCAGCACAAGGUUCCACGGUCGUGGUGUUGAUUUAUUUGCGCCGAUCUACAAAAUCUCAACACUUGAUGUGUUUGUCCCGAAAGACAAGCCCAGCUCGUGGAAUGAUUUGCUAUCGCCGGAACGGCUUUUUAGCUAUGGCUGCCCAUUUUAUGGGUUGUAUUUCAAGGGUGCAAACAAAAAAAACCCAAAAGGUGCCGUCCAAACCACGGCAAUGAUCGCUCAGGCAAAAUUACUGUUCAAGACUCAAUCGGCUUCCCCCGGAGUACUGUCUAGCCCGCAAUGUUUUGCCAUACUGGGCUCAAUCAUACAAACUCGGGUAUCUCUACAUGCGCCGAUAAACUCGGAACUCGUUGCUAGUCAUGCGGCGCAUUGUAUGUUUAUCGACUCAAAGAGAGAAAUGAUUGUCAGCGAUUAUCCCCCGCAGUUCGUCUAUGCAUCCGCAGCUAACAGAGUUCUUGCAUCCGAUGACAAGCGUUGGAUCGAGUGCAUCGAUGCUCUUGCUUCCGCGGUGCGAAAAGGACUCGUUGCCCUCGGAGAUGCCGGAGAAAUGGCGACGAGAUUGAUCUUGAUACGCGCUAUGCAGAAAACAGAGCCAAUUCCUCACAAGAACCUCGAUUCGAUCCCAAAUGGAUACUCAGUGCGAUUGAAAGAUUUCCUUCAAACCUUGAGCGGCAAAAACCCAGACAUCAUGAAUUUCGACUGUUCCGAUGAGGAAUACAGAAACAAACUCUUGGACCAUGGGCAGGUCUUUUUCAAUCACUUUACCCGGAUUUCAUACACACCCAGCGCCACUGACUUCUUGGAGCUUUUGUACCGAGGUGUUGCGGUCCAAUGCAAGGAUCGGCAACCUGGACUUGACGAGCUUUUCACCAUCUAUCUUGCACCCCCAUCCACAUCUCACUCUUCAAAGCUAGAUCUAAGCAAUAUCACAUUUUGUGGCAUUCAAACAAAAAAUCGGACAGGUUCAGUUCGCAUGGAUGAGAGUCACCACUGGUCCAAAAGCUUUGCCAAAAUUGAAGGCAUCAACAAUCCCUAUCUUAUUCUGUUAUUCAGUUUGAAAGCCACCUCUAGUCAAGUAACCUGGAAGCCUCCGGAACUGAAGGACGACACCCAAAGAGUUGCUUACCAGUUUCUUGGCCUGGGCGAAAUCGAUUGUCUUACGUCUGAAAUGCGCGCUGGGCUAGAGCGGCUGAUAACCGCAAUACCAGACGACUUACUGAAUCUUCACGAUAAUUGCAACGAGAAGACCAAAGAUUGGAUCAAACAAUUGACCCCAGUCUUCUAUCCAAGCGCUCCCGAGCCUGUACCUUCCCAAAAACCAUCUAAACCUCCCGCACCUGAACCUCCCCAGAAACCAGCUCAACUCCCAGCAGCAAAAAAGCAGUCAAACAGAACCCAACAGGUGAUCAAGCAAACCUGUGUACCUUCCCCAAAACCAUCUAAACGUCCUGCACCUGAACCUCCCCAGAAACCAUACAACCUCCGAGCGCCAAAGGGGCAGUCAAGCAGAACCUAA